AUGGCGCCGAUCGAAGGUACACUAGAAAUGAUAAAAUAUCUUGUUGAGAAGGGAGCUGAUGUAGAAGGUAAAAAUACUGACGGAAGGACAGUACUGCACACUUCUGUUACUAAAGGUAAGCCAGAUAUAGUGAAAUACCUUGUUGAAAACGGGGCUGAUGUAAAUAGCACGGAUUUUGACGAGAGGUCAGUUCUACACAGCGCUGUUACUGAAAGUAAGCUAGAUGUGGUAAAAUACCUUGUUGAACAUGGGGCUGAUGUAAAUGGUAAAGAUACCAAUGGGGACACAGUGCUGCAUUUUGCAGUUAGUGAAGGUACGCUUGAAAUGGUAAAAUAUCUUGUUGAAAAUAACGCUGAUGUAAAUGGAAUUGAUACUGAUGGGUGGACAGUGCUGCACAAUGCUGUUACUGAAGGUAAGCUAGAAAUCAUAAAAUAUCUUGUUGAAAACGGUGCGGAUGUAAAUGGCAGGUAUACUGAUGGAUGGACAGUAUUGCACUAUGCUGUUAGCAAAGGUACACUAGAAAUGGUAAAAUAUCUUGUCGAAAAGGGAGCUCGAGUAAAUAGCAAGGAUACUGACGGGAGGGCAGUCUUGAACUACGCUCUUUCUACAAAUAACCCAGAAAUGGUAAAAUAUCUUGUUGAACAUGGCGCUGAUGUAAAUAGCAAGGAUACUAACGGGUCGACAGUGCUGCACAGUGCUGUUGCUAAAGGUAAGCUUGAAAUAGUGAAAUAUCUUGUUGAAAACGGCGCUGAUGUAAAUAGACCGGAUAUUGACGGGUUGACAGUUCUACACACUGCUGUUAGUAAAGGUACGCUGGGUAUAGUGAAAUAUCUUGUUGAAAAAGGCGCAGCUGUGAAUGCCAUUAACAGCAAAAAUGCUGACGGGUCGACAGUGCUGCACAGUGCUGUUGCUAAAGGUAAGCCAGAAAUAGUGAAAUAUCUUGCUGAAAACGGCGCUGAUGUAAAUAGCACGGAUAUUGACGGAAAGACAGUUCUACACAAUGCUGUUACUGGAAAUGUAAAUGGCAAGGAUCCUGAUAAAUGGAGAGUGCUUCACAGUGCUGUUACUGAAGGUACGCUAGAAAUUGUAAGUUUCCUUGUUGAAAAUGGCGCUGAUGUAAAUGGCAAGGAUAGUAACGGAUGGACAGUGUUGCACAGUGCUGUUGCUAAAGGAGCACACGAAACGGUAAAAUAUCUCAUUGGAAAAGGUGCUGAUGUAAAUUGCAAGUAUAUUGACGGAUGGUCUGUCCUGCACUACGCUGUUUCUAAAGGUACGCUAGAAAUGGUGAAAUAUCUUGUUGAAAAGGGCGCUGAUGUAAAUGGUAAGAAUACUUACGGUAGGACAGUGUUGCACUACGCUGUUACUGAAAGUACGAUAGAUAUAGUAAAAUACCUGGUUGAGAAUGGCGCUGAUGUAAUUGGUAAGACGACGAACGGACGAACAGUGCUGCACAGCGCCGUUACGAAAGGUACGCUAAAGGUGGUAAAAUAUCUCGUUGAAAAUGGCGCUGAUAUAAAUGGUAAGAAUUCUGACAAAUGGACAGUCCUGCACAGUGCUGUUAAUAAAGGUACACUAGAUAUGGUAAAAUACCUCGUUCAGAAUGGCGCUGAUGUAAAUGGAAAGAAUACUGACGGGUGGACAGUCCUCCACACUGCUGUUACUAAAGGUAGCCUGGAUAUCACAAAGCACCUCGUGAAAAAUGGCGCUGAUGUAAAUAGUAAAUACACUGACGGUUGGACCGUCCUACACGCUGCUGUAGAUACUGGUGCAUUAGAAAUUAUUAAGUAUUUAGUUGAACAGGGUGCUGACAUAACUCCUAAAGGUAACAUCAGCGCUCAUACUCUUGGCACUGACAUCAUUAGGAUGGCUGUUGCAAACAAUUCAGUUGCUUUGGUGGAUCUGAUCAGGCAAAAGAACAGGGUUGUUCCGAGAGCUGGAAAAUUUCUUGUCGAACGAAGCCAAAUGAAGCCAAUUCUUAUCGAAGAAUCUCAAAAUAGUCUCAAAAAGUCUUUAAAACAUGGUGAGAAGAUUGAGAUGUUGAAAAGAAUGAACUGCAACAUGUUAGAAAAGGCUCGCUACAGCUUAAUUCAUGUAGUUUAUGGUACAAUUAAUUAUGUAGUCCUAGCCAAGGACUCUGGCGUCCUCAGGGGUCGUGGAUCCCCAUGUUGCACGUCCUCAGGGGUUUAG